GAGGAUGCCAUCACGCAGAACGGAGUUGAACGGCUGGAGGAAAUCCUGGGCGACCCGCAGAAUCCGGAGUUCCGCCUCCAACAUGGCCGCACGGGGCUGGCCGUGGCUGCAUCCAAAGGCCAUCUCGAGUGCUUCUCGCUGCUGCUUGAG